AGGAGUUCAGGGUGGUGGCUCAGGGCUGGGGGUUGAGGUGCAGCCUCUCACCAGGUAGCCAUGCUAAGGCAGCCUCCGUGCUUGCCCCGGCCCCGCGCUGCUCCCGGAAGGGGCCAACAUCCCCUUGCGGCCUCUGGGAGCGGGGGAUGGUACAUGGCUCCGUGCGCUGUCCCUCUCUGCAAGCACCGCUCCUGCAGCUCCCAUUGGCUGGGAACAGGGACCUGUAGCCAAUGGGAGCUGCAGGAGUGGUGCUUGCAGAUAGGAGCAGCAUAUGGAGGGUUACCCCUCCCCCCAGAGCUGCGGGGCACACUGGCCACAUCUUGGAGUGGCGUGGGACCGGGGCAGGCAGGGAGCCUGUCUUAGCGGCAGCCCCGCUUCGCCACCAGAGAUCUUCUAGGAUCGACCAGUCGCGAUCGAUGGGUUGGUGACCACGGUUCUAGCUUCAUCUUCUACCUAUUGGAUCAUAUUAUACCAUUCCUGCUAGAAUGAAGAGCCCAUUAUUAAUUAUUUUUUUAUGUAGAUACUGUAAUCAAGUCAUCCCUUAACCUUCUCUUUGUUAUACUAAAUAAAUGAGCUCUUUGUGUCUGUCACUAUAAGGCAUGUUUUCUAAUCCUGUAAUCGUUCUCAUGGCUCCUCUGAACCCUCUCCAAUUUAUCAACAUCCUUCUUGAAUUGUGGGCACCAGAAAUGGACACAGUAUUCCAGCAACAGUUUAACCAGCACCAAAUACAGUGAGUCACUACUUCCCAGGAUAGAGUUCCCCAUUCUACAAUGAUUUGCAAGGCACUAAUAGUUCUGGAUCGUUGGGUGGUCUUGAUGUUCGCAGACGAAUCCCUAUAAAGCUCAUCUCCAAACAGCCUAACAAAACCAAACCUGCACCACGCGCUCCAAGAAUUAUGAACAGGAUGCCUUCAAAGGCACAGGCUGGUGAUGAAGAAGAAUUUGAUUAUAAUGAAGAGGAGCGGUAUGAGUGCAAAGGAGCUGACAUGUUUGGGAAUCCAAGAAGAUUCCCUGGACACAUAUUUUGGGACUUUAAGAUAAACUUUCUCGGAGAAAAGGAUGAUACCCCAGUCCAUUUCUGUGACAAGUGUGGAUUGCCUAUCAAAUUGUAUGGGCGCAUGAUACCUUGCAAGCAUGUUUUCUGCUAUGACUGUGCUAUAUUACAUGAGAAGAAGGGUGACAAGAUGUGCCCAGGCUGUAAUGAUCCCGUGCAGCGAAUUGAGCAAUGUGUGCGAGGGUCUCUCUUCAUGUGUAGCAUUGUUCAAGGGUGCAAGAGAACAUAUUUGUCUCAGAGAGACUUACAGGCUCACAUCAACCAUCGUCAUAUGAGAGCUGGAAAACCUGUUACCCGUCCUCCACUUGAACCUGUUCAUCCUCCUAUUGCCCCACCUCCUGCUGAAAUUCCUGAGCGUUUCAUAAUGCCACCUGAUAAGCAUCAUAUGAGCCAUAUUCCACCAAAGCAGCACCUCAUGAUGCCACCACCUCCUUUACAGCAUGUGCAACACGAGCAUUAUAACCAACCACACGAGGACAUUCGUGCACCCCCAGCAGAGAUGUCAAUGGCUCCACCACCACCACGCUCGGUCAGUCAGGAUACGUUUCGUAUUUCCACGAGAAAGCACAGCAAUUUAAUAACUGUCCCUAUUCAGGAUGAUUCAAAUUCAGGUGCUCGAGAACCACCUCCACCAGCCCCAGCACCUGCUCAUCAUCAUCCUGAAUAUCAGGGUCAACCAGUGGUAUCCCAUCCUCAUCAUAUUAUGCCUCCACAGCAACAUUAUGCACCACCCCCGCCACCACCACCACCAAUAAGCCAUCCAAUGCAACAUCCUCCCCAGGGAGCAGGUACUCCUCAUAUGGUUUAUAGCCAAGCUCCACCACCACCGAUGACCUCUGCUCCACCACCAAUAACCCCUCCCCCUGGACACAUAAUUGCCCAAAUGCCACCAUAUAUGAAUCACCCUCCUCCAGGACCUCCCCCUCCUCAACAUGGUGGCCCACCAGUAAAUGUAAAUGCACCCCCUCCCCAUCACUAUAAUCCUAACUCUUUGCCGCAGUUCAGUGAAGAUCAAGGAACUCUCAGCCCUCCUUUUACACAGCCUGGGGGAAUGAGUCCAGGGAUGUGGCCAGCUCCAAGAGGGCCUCCUCCACCCCCAAGAAUGCAAGGCCCACCUUCUCAAGCCCCACUUCCUGGACCACAUCACCCAGAUCAAACCAGAUAUAGACCAUACUACCAAUGAUAUUAACAGUAAUUUGAACUGAGUAUGCUAUGGGAAGGAUAAACUAUAUACAGCAGCCUUUUAAUGAAUCUGUUUUUGGGGUCUCUUUUUUCCUUUUUUUCCCCUCCCCCUUUCAAAGAAAUACAAUGGUUGUGACUAACACACUCUGGGAACUUGACUCUUGAUUAAUUUUUAUACCUUGACUGUAGGACUCCACCUUCAGAUAUACUGUAGUGCUAAGAUAAGUGGCUCAGUAGAUAACAGCUACAUGUUUUUUUUUUUAAUGGACUUUGUGUCCCUAGUGAGGUUAAAUCUCUGAGAGAUGGUCAUUUGUAAUAUUAUUUCCUGAAAAAUUGAACACCCGUUGUACCACUCUAUUGUUUUUGUUAAAUCCGAUGUUUAGUUUUAUUUGUGAUACUUUUUUGUUAACCUGUGUACAAUAAUUAAAUUUAAAUAUGGUUGUAAAUGCUGGGUUUUUAUGUGAAUUUGAGUACAGACACAAUUUCUGAAAAAACAUUUCAUGUUUUGACACCAAUACUUUCCCAUUUGGCAUCAUAAUAAAAUGUUCGGUGUAAGAGACAUUCAAGUUUACCUUAGCAGUAACAAUUGUUUGUAGUAAAGUCUGAUGAUCCAAGUUUAAGGAGCUGUAAAUCUGAAGUGCAGAAUCUUGAAUUUCAUACAGAUUUUUAAAUUUUGAGGCAACUUUGGGAGCACAGAGCGAAUGGUACAUGAAAGAUGCAGUUUUGGUGAUGAUAUGAAACCAUGUGGUCUUAACAUUUUAAAAUCUUAGCUCACUUCUUGUUUGGAAAAUUCUGGUUAACUUGAGAUCUCAUACACUCUCUACUGGUGUUGAAUUCAUGUCUUGUGCAUUUACUAUAAAUGGAUGGUUUCACAUAAAAGGUGCCAUUUACUGACUCACCACAUUCAUGAUAUAAAGGGAUAUGAUUUUU